AUGGUCAAACCUUGGAAGACUGGAUCGUGUCUUCCACCCGCACUACCUUUCCAGCCUCUCCCUUCGUCGACCUACAUCAGCCUCUGCUUGCCAUGGCCGCCUACUCCGUCGAGAUCCAAAAGCAGCGCUACUCGCAAGAGCUGGCUGAGCAUACCCUUCGCCAAUGGGAGGCAGCUCGCGCUGCCAUGGAGCGCGCAGCACAAGACGACACUCGCGCGAUGUCGACGUCGCCGAGCCAACGCACAAGUUCUUCAACCGCAAGGACUUCCUCCCGCUCAUCAAAGUCGCGCACCCGAGCUCCCGCCAUCGCCACCACUCGCAACUAUUUCAAUUGAUUCAUCGCACUCUAUCCCGGACUUAUCCAUCCCGUGCAUUGUCCCCAGUCCUGUACACUAG